CCGAAUUGUCCUUGAAUAAAGUUUUGACGAAGUUUUGGACUGUCCAGCUUCUUCUGUCGAAAUCGUCAGCAGUUUGUGAUUAAAUCAGAUGGCAUAUAAAGAUUCAGGGAUGUCUUUCUCGGAAUGGUGCGACCAGAAGUUUACAAACAUGUACAGCCAUGAUGAGUUUGCGAGCUUGGAGUUGUCUUCAGCAUCACCACAGACCAAGAAUGAUACCACGUCACCCAGGAGCAUCAUGAUCAAACAACCAGAGGGAAAUAACCGCUCGCUCCCCUUGCCCGCCCAGACGAAGAGCUCCAGGAGAGUAGUUUCAUGCAGUUGGACCCCCUCAAAAAAUGCUGCCUCAAAGGCUCAUCAUGAAGAGUUGUUGCAGCCACCAGCAUCAAACUCGGGAAAUAAGCGGACAGACUGUCAAAAUACUCAAAAGACUGAGACUGAAAAAAGCUGUGUGAAGAAAGUGCAUAGCAAGGCCAAAACUGCAACUCCGAGUAAAGCUUCGCCAAACAGAACUCAAAGUAAAGAUUCGCCAACCAGACCAGAGGUAAAACUACAGAGUAGGAGAAGGAAAACCAAGAGUAGCCAAGAUGCUCCUGUUGCCCCCGAUGAGGUGGCAGGAAAGAAGCAUGAGACUGAGAAAAGAUGUGCAUCUUUUGACAGUGGUAGUUCAGAGAGCAACUCUUCGAAGAGAAACCACAGUGAUUUGGAUUUGUCUCCAGGCAAUCGGCAGCUGAAGACUAAGAUGAGCAAGAAUGCCCUGGGAGGGUCUCAGACAAAAAAUGGUUCUGAGAAACUACACACUGAGUCGUCUUACUGCGUUGAUGAGAGUUGCUCAGGAGUGGAGGUGGGUGGUGUCAUGGGACAUACAGAAAAACUAACAUCAAAAGCGAACUGUAAGAAGAGCAGUAUCACAGUGGAUUGUACAAAUACUGGGCGUCUGCAAGAAAUCACAUCUCAACAACAGGAAAGCUUUAAACCAGAACAAAAAAGUGUGAAGAAAGGAAAACAUAGUACAACCAAAAAGGUUAAGGAGCGUGUAAGCCUUACGGACAAGCAGAAAAUAAAGCAGAAAUAUGUUGACGGUGAAUUUGAUGUGGAAUCUUGGGACAGCACCUUUGAUAAUCCUGAGAUGCCAUCUUUGAAACAACGAGGUGCUGGUGAUGAUCAAUGUGGUUCUAGCCUAGAAAAAAGCACAAAGACAUCGGGGAAGUUGAGGUCCGAGGAUAAAUCUUCCAAGAUGCCAAGAAGUGACGACAUGGGCACAGCGUUAAACACUAAACAAAUAGAGGCAAUCUUAAAGGAAAAAAGUCCUUCAGUUCCUAGUGAUGCUGCCAAAACCACAAGAGAGAAAAGCACAAAAGGUCACAAAGUAAAGCAGAAGCCGACUGCAUCACCGAGCAGUACUAAAGACAAGACAGUAGUGACCAGUCCAUCCCCUGAUGAAAAAACAGUCCCCAGAACUAAAAGUCCAAGAACCAAAUGUGACCAAGAGGUGAGCAGAGCGGUAGAGAUGCAACUUAGGUCACUUUCACCACGACCUGAGGAAGGAGGAUUCUUCUCGAAGCGUGUGCUACAGUCGGUCUUGGGUCCAUCGCUCAGAGGAAGACAACCACCACGGCCCAAGUCUGCGGGAAGUUUGAGAGCAAGUGAUGAGAGCAAGUCUUACCGAGUGCAGCAGCAACAGAGGAAGUCCUGGCCACCAGCUGCUAAGGUUCAUCUAGACCACAUCUAUGAUGCGUUUAACUUUGCCCCUCAGGAGGAUGAACCAAAAGGCACUGGGGUGACGCCGACAAAACAGGUUAGCAAGUCUCCCAAGAAACCCAACGGAGAUUCUCCUGGAAUUAACGUCAGACAGUCGCAGCUAGAGAAGUCUCUUCAACAGCAAACUCCUCAUCGGGCCCAAAGCAUGAUGCAGCCUCGCUCAGUUUUUCAAAUUCUUGUUGACGAUUCUGAAAAGGAGAAAUUGGAAUUCCUAGCUAAAGCAGAAACUCUGAAACAAGUGAAGGACAAGGUGUCGCAGAAGGAAGAAAAUGUUGCAAAGGCUGCGCCUCGAUUCAUCCCAAGGAGCCUUUCAAUAAAAAAAUGUAUUUCAGUUGAACAGAGUGACAAGGAGAUUGAACCACAAUCAAAUGCUGCACCACAGAAAUCUGAGAAUGCAGUCGACCCUCUACCACCAUCCGAACUUCCUUGCCCAAGGAAAAAGAAAGACAUCAUUCUGGAGUGGCUGGACAAACAUGAAGAACCAACAGCCUGUAAAGUGGCUGAUACUUUGCCAUUUUCUUCGACUCAGCCAAAGGAAACUACCAGAAGAGGACAGGAGGACUUGGAGGCAGGUGAGCUGUCUAACUCCUCAGGAUCCGGUGAUGCAUGGGAAACACUGAUAGAUGGAAUCAUGUCUAGUAACAAUGAAGAAUUUUUCAGAAGAAAAAAGUCUAACAAGGCGCAUCCGAAACAUCAAGUAUCUCCCUUCAAGGUGGCUUCUUACCCUGCGGAUAAAGAUCUCAAACCACUGGUUUCUCCCUUGAUGCAAAAGAAUGUUGCUACGGUGUCCCCAUACUAUGUGUGCCCUCCUGCCGUCCAGACAAGGAGGACCCGGGCAAGCACAUGGACUGGGCCGACGCCACACAUCUGGGGUGGGGGCCAAGCCCAAACUUCUCCACGCCUUCCAUAUGCUUUUGAUCAGUUUAGUUCAGAGCAGAACUCCACUAAUUUUGAUCAAACUACGGGUGGUAGACAACGGAAUGCCGAGUCAUCGCAGUAUGGUAAUACGGAAGCUCCAGGUGAAUACCCAUGGAAAAGAGAUGGAUUCCAGACCCCAUGCAGCAACACAGGAGACUGUGAAUCAGCCUUCACUACAACUGGUGUCCAUCAGAUCAGAUCUCUGUCUGACAACAUCCCGCCAAGAUUCCUCAAAAGAGGUCAUCAAAGGUCAAGAAGUAGCUUACCUUUUAAUUCUCAUCAACCGACUUCAGGUCCAAGAUGUGUCUACACCAGUGGAACUACUCGCUCCCCUAACCUGGUGGCCAUACCGAGUUCAAAUCAAUUCCCAGCAUCAAGAGGUUUGACAUCCCCAUUGUCUGAAGUCAAAGCCAGUCCGCCGAGUUAUAGACCUUGGUCCACCGGGUCUGCCGGCUGGUCCUCCUCGAUGAACAGAACUCCGGGCACGAUUGUUCCGACUAGAUUCACCCCGUGGACGAAUGAGGUCACAACGUCAAGCCCGUGGAAGACGUACCAACGACCUCAUCACCCAUCUUCCCUCGUAGAACUUAGUCCUGUGGUUGACUAUCCAGUAUCCUUGGUACCCUACAUUGACACUCACUGUCACAUAGACUUCCUCUACCAGCGAUCGGAUUUCCGUGGGACUUUUAAGAAGUUCUCUACUGUUCACAACUUUCCAAGGAACUAUGCCGGCUGCCUGGCAGUGUUCUGUACCCCGGAGUCGUUUAAGAGGGGGGCAAUCUGGGAGGAUUUGGUGAUGGAGGAUAACAUUUGGGCGGCAUUUGGAUGUCAUCCUCAUCAUGCUAAGAGCUACGAUGGUGUCGUUGAGGAGAACAUCAUCCGAUGUAUGAAGCAUCCCAAGGCCAUAGCAUUAGGAGAGAUCGGUCUGGACUAUUCAAAUCGCUGCACAUCGGACAGGCCGCUGCAGCUUCAAGUCUUCCGUCGUCAACUGGAGAUUGCCGUCCACACGAACAAACCUCUCGUCAUACACAGCCGCGAUGCGGAAGAGGAUACUCUAAGCAUCAUGAGUGAGAUUGUACCUAGAAACUACAAGAUACAUCGUCACUGCUUCACUGGUUCCCCGGAGGAGGCAAGGAGAUUCUUCCAAGCUUUUCCCAAAGCUUUCAUCGGUUUAACGGCGCUGGUGACGUUCCCAACCGCUUACCCCGUCCAUCGAACUGCUUCGGAAAUCCCUCUUGAAAAGAUCAUAUUGGAGACGGAUGCUCCGUACUUCCUCCCAAAGCAGUGUCCACAGUACUUGCGCUGGGCUAACCCUAGCAUGGCAAUCUUUGUGGCAGCUCGCAUUGCCCAGUUGCGAGGUAUCCCAUUGGAUGAAGUUCUCUACAUUGUCCGAGCGAACACUAAAGAGAUGUAUGGUAUCUAACGACAACGCAUCAGUGAAGGUGCCAAACAAUUAGUGAGAGAAUCAAAGGAAGUAAGAAAGAGAGAGAAGUGAGACUGGUGGGGGGGGGGGGGUCAAAUGCUAGUUACCUUUUUCAAGUUUAAUUCUACACAAAAAUAUGUCAUACUUGCUGAGUUAUGUGUGGAACAUCCUAGGAGUUUUAUACACCGUCAUUGUUAAUUUGUAUGUGACUCUAGGCAAUAAAUAAGCAGGUUUUUAAAAAUAAUUUCCAGUGACUAACCAAUUAUGGAACCAUUUAGCUUUCUGAUUUCCUGGCCUUGUUUGAAACUGAUCUGAUCUUCAGGGAGGCUGUACAUAUUCCUUCAUUAUUUUCUCAAAGAAUGAGGGUACUGUGAAUAAUUCAAGUGGAGACAAUUCUCUGGGUUACUGGUGCUUACUGGCAUUUAAUUAUUGAGAUAAAAGAUUAUGUCUGUAGGAGAAAUAUUUUUCAUCUAAAGCCAUAAUAGCAUUGGACUUAGAAUGGUUAACUUAGCGCCGGAAAUUGUUAAUUUACCAAUAUUAAGUCCAAGUGCAUACAGCCGGUAACUUAUCGGGGUGGUAAGUUACCGUCACGGCGAUGUUAACUUAACAGGCCGAUUUGAGCCCCGAUAACUUAACAAUGUUAACUCGAUGUGCCUUAUUUUUAAAUUCUGCUAUCCAAUUAAGCUUUCUUCACAAAAAAUCAUUUCAUUGUUGCACUAAAAUUGUGAUCAUCUGAUGAACUUGCUACUAUUUUGUUCCAUGGUGCCGCUCUAUUGAAAACUACAGUUUACAAUGACACUUUGUCUUUACUUGCUCACAACAGUUUUAAAAAAAUGUACUUUUGUGUUAAUUGUUGAUACAUAGAAAGGAAAAGGAAUACUUCUUAGAGUGAAAAGUGAAAGAUAAAUAAUAAUUAAAAAAAAACAUGAAUCAAUUUUUCAAACUCGGUUAAGUAUACAUACGUUUGCAUUACACUAUUUCGUGUGGACAUGAUAUUUAAAAAUGUUUAAAUUUGUUGGAUUUAAGACGUAUAAGUGUUUGUUGAUUAUGAAGAAGGGGUUCCUUUUAAGCAGGCUUCUUUAUUCAUGUACAUUUUUGAUGACAAACCCCCCUCAAUAUGUUACCGGGUCUGUUUUAGCGUUUCUGUCAUAUUUUGCAAUACUAUACACAUGGUUCAUGUUAAAUGGGGAAAAGCAUAAGCUCAGGUCAGACAAUUAAUUAUUUAUAGAGAAACCGAUUAUAUCUUGUUUUAUUCAGUCAUUUAACUGUUAUUUUGUUUUAUUUUUUAAACUAUAGUGUUAAAAAUGUGAACUUAUCUGUAUUGGGUGUUCAACAUUGUGAUCUUGCAAGCUUGAAUGUACUGCAAACUAAAUUUAAUCUAAUUAUACCAAGGAGGAACACUCCCAAAUUUUUGACUCCCAUAAAUGGCCGACCGUUUUAGUUCCCAAAGUAAAGAAAAACCACGCAAUUUC